AUGGCGAGAGAUGCGGCGGCGGCGGCCAAGGGCGGUGGCGGGGCAAACAGGGGCGGCCAGGGCGCGGCCGGUGGCAGGCAUAUCGAUGCCUUCACGCUAGAGCAUAUGCUGGAGGAGAAGCGGGUGGCGUGCCUGGAAGUGUGGAGCCACUAUGUGCUCGUCGGCCUGACAGAUGGCACGCUGCUGCUAGUCUCCCAGCGGCGGCGGGUGCCCAGCAGCAGCAGCCUGGCAGCCAGCGACGCCGAUGGCUCGAGUGCCAGCGCCGGCACCGAUGCGGCCCAGGCAGCGCAGCAGGCGCCAGGCCAGCCGCCGCCAUGGGCCGUGGUGCAGUCGCUGCGCAACUUUGGCAAGGGCCAGAUCAAGCAGCUGCAGGUGGCACGCGAGCGCUCCAUGCUGCUCUGCCUGGCAGACGAUGGCGUGAACGCCUAUGUGCUGCCCGGCCUGCGGCUCAAGGCGCAGGCGGGGCGCAGCCGCGGCGCCAGCCUGUUUGCCUGGCACGGCGGCAGCGACACGCUGGCGGUGGUGACCAAGAAGAGGCUGGCCCUGUUCAAGUAUGAAGGCCUGGAGUUUGUGUUCCAGCGGGAGGCUUACUUCCCAGACGCGCCCACCUGCAUGCAGCUGUACAUGACUGUGGAUGUGGCCACCGCCAUCGUGACCCCCCUGUUCACCACAAAGGGCCCCGCAGCCAGCAUGGUGCCUGUGUCUGCCACGGAGGUGCUGCUGGCCAGGGACAGCAGCGGGGUGCUGUACGGGCCAGAGGGCCGCCCCUCCAAGCGCGGCGGCGGCAGCGGCGCCGUGGACUGGGCGGUACCUCCCGCUGUGCUGGCAGUCAGCGAGCCGUACGCGGUGGCGGUGUCGGAGGCAGGGGUGGAGGCCCGCCUGCUGCAGCCGCUCAAUGCCGCAGACCUGUGGCAGCAGCUGGCGCUGGCGCUGCCGGCCGCCGCCACCUCAUGCGGGGUGGCUCCCACCGCCGCCGCGGAUGGCUCGCUCUUCCUUGCCAGCCGGGGCACGGGCGCUAUCAAGCAGCUGCGCCCCGUGAGCUUUGCGCGGCAAGCAGAGCAGCUGCUGGGCCUGGGAGAGCACGAGGAGGCACUGGCUAUGGCAGCCCUCAUCCCCCUGGAGCAGGCUGAGGAGCGGCGGCAGCUGGAAGACAUCAUACACCUGGGCUAUGGCCGCCUGCUGUUCAGGCAGGGGCAGUACGAGGAAGCCAUGCUGCACUUUGGCAUGAGCGGGCUGGCGGGGCCGCUGCACCUGCUGCGCCUCUUCCCCUCGCUGGCGCCGCCCAAGCUGCUGGCUGCCGCCGCCGCCGAGCAGGCUGCUGCCGCGGCAGAGGCUGCUGCUGCCAGUGCUGUUGCGGGCGAGGGAGUGGGCACUCGCGAGCCUUCGCAAGCAGGGGAGCAGGCGGCGGCAGAGGCGGUGCAGGAGCUGGAGGAGGCAGCCGAUGCGGAGCCUCAGGGGGAGGCGUUUGUGGCGGCGGUGCAAGUUGUGACGCCCUACCUGCUCAGCCACCGCAGCCGGCUGGCGGCGGCAGCGGCCAGCCCCGCUAGGCCGGCCACGCUGCUCGGCGGCGGCGGCGGCUCGCAGCAGCACACGCCCCAGGCGGUGGCAGGCCUCGCAGGGGAGGUGGAGGUUGAGAUGGGCCCCAGCCCUUCCACCCGGGCGGUGAUGGUGCAGCAGCAGCUGGAGGGCAGCGCCACCGCCGCCCUGCUGGACACCUCACUGCUGCUGGCCCUGCUGGCCAUGCCCGAUAGCGGCGCGCUGCUGAGGUUUGUGCAUCGCCCAAACUGCGUGGACCUGGAGGCGGGCGAGGCGGCGCUCAAGGGGUCGGGGCGCUACUCGGAGCUGGUGGCGCUGUACCAGACCAAGGGCCGGCACUCGGCGGCGCUUGAGCUGCUGCACGCGCUGAGCCAGAGCCCGGAGCAGCUCCCGUCACCGCCGCAGGGCGCAGCGGCAGAGCUGCGGGGCCUGCCUGGCGUGUGGGCAGCUGUCAAGUAUGUGUGCCACAUGCCAGAGGGGGAGCGAGACCUGGGCCUCAUCUCCACGCAUGCCAAGUGGAUGCUGGCAGCCGACCCCGACGCCGGGCUGGAGAUGUUUGGCAGCAUGGACCCGCCGCUGCCGCCCUCUGCGGUGCUGCCCAUGCUCACCUCUUACGCACCACAGCUGGCAGGCCUGUAUCUGGAAGCAGCGCUGGCCACGGGCGCCGCUGACCCCUCCGUUUAUGAGCAGGAGCUGGCACGCAUAUACCUGGAGCGCAUUGCCCGCAGUACCAGCAGUACCAUCGGCGCCGCCAAGGGGGCAGGCGCUGGCAAGGCGGCCGGCAAGCCGGCUGGCAAGGGCGCUGCUAAGGUGGCUGGCGAGGCGGCGGAGGGUGUUGUGGAUGAGGCGGCGGUGCCUGAGUAUGGCAAGCUGAAACAGCUGAUUCUGAGCAGCUGCCGGCUCAACUAUGAGGCGCUGCUGCUGGUGAUACCGCAGCAUCGCAUGCUGGAGAUCCGCGCCGCGCUGCUGGAGCGGUUGGGCAGGCACACCGAGGCGCUGCGAAUCUACAUCCACCGCCUGCGCCAGCUGGGGGCGGCGGAAGCAUACUGCGACCGCGUGUACCAGCGGCGGCAGCAGCAGCUGCGCGAGCAGCGGCAUGCCGAGCUCGCCGCGGCGCUGCGGUGGCAGCGCCAGGCCGCCAGUGCCGCGGCAGGCAGUGGCGGCGCGGCGCCUGCUGGCUGGGCUUCCAGCAGCAUUGCCGGCCUGGGGGGCAGCAGCGGCAGCAUUCGCAGCCUGCAGUUUGGCGGCGGCGGCCACAGCGGCAGCGGCACCAACUUGCAUGCUGCAGGGGUGCCUGCCACCAAGCUGCAGCGGGCAGCGGGGAGCGGCGGCGACAGCGAGGAUGGAGCCGACAUUUAUCUGCUCAUGGUGCAGGUGCUGCUGGAAGAGGAGGACAGCAGCGGCACCUUCCACCAUGUCGAGCACGCGCCAGACCACGCUGUGUGGGGCGAGGUGCCGCUGGCCAGCGCACUGCCGUUCCUGGAGGGAGCGCUGUGGGGCGCGGGCGAGCGGCGGCGCACCGCCGCGGUGGCCCGCAACCUGCGCCGCUCGGAGCAUGUGGGCCUGCUGGGCGAGCUGGCAGAUGCGCGGCAGAGACAUGUGCUGCUGACGCCCGAACGCAACUGCAGCAUCUGCUACAAGAGGGUCGGCAGCGCGGCGCUGGUGGUGUUCCCUACCGGCAUGUUGGCGCACUACAGCUGCCACCGGCGGGCCUCUGGGGCUGGGCAGCAGGCGUCGGGGCGCGCGUCAGCAGACGGCACGGCCAACGGGCGAGUUGCGGUGGGCGCGGGCGGCGGCAGCAGCUUCCGCGAGUGGUCCUGA